AAGAAAUGAUACAGGUAUUUAUUUGUUUGCACAUCUGUCUAUAUUUUUCUUGCACAUAUGUCACAUCAGACAAAGACGGACACUGAAAACUUUUCUGACAUCGAGGAACUCUUUCAGAUUGAGACUAGAUGUAGAGAGUUAAAGAAAGAAAAGAACAUGCUGAAAGAUUCUCAAUCUGAAAGCUUUGAACUGAUUCGGAGACUAGAACAACAUGUGAAAUCAUUGUCAGAGGCUCGUUCAGAAGACAAGAAACACAUUCAAAAGUUGGAAAAAGAGCUAUUGAACUGCUCUCAAGAAAUAGAUUACCUGCAGGAUCAACUAAAUGUGAGGAACACGGAGGUGAACUGGCUGAUAGAGCAUGUACACAGCCUUGAGCUGAAAUUAGCAGACAUUGAAGAUUUACAUGACAAAGUUGACAGGUCAAGGGAGGAGCUAAAGAGGUCUGAUUCAGAGCGCUUGCUCUUGCUGCAGGAACUAGAUAGAAAAGAAGCAGAGUUACAAAAUUCAAUUCAUGCAUGCAUAGAGAAAUUAGAGGAAUCCAUCGCAGCCAUGGCAUUAGAGUCUCAAUGUGAAAUAGAAAGCAUGAAACUUGAUAUCAUGGCCUUGGAACAGAGUUGCUUUGAGGCUAAUAAAAUCCAGGAGGAAUCUACUGAAGAAAGAGCUAGGAUGAAUGGGAUGAUUCAAGAGCUUGAGGCUCAGUUUCAGGAUGCACAGAAAAUUAUUGAAUCUCUGGGUGAGGAAAAUAAGGAACUGAAAGAGAAACUUGAUAUGUCUGAAAAGAAUGCUAGACUAUUUUGUCAAGGGAUUGAAGAAUGGCUGCAAAACAAGGACAGAUCCCACCAGAAGUCUCAAACCUGCUUGAGCAAGCCAGAGGAUAAGCUUAGUAUAUUAAAAGAAUUCGGCACUUGUGGAGAAGUCUUAGGUCCACUCCUUUCACCGUUGGCAAAGGAGUGCAGAGUUGAUGCCGAUUCAAGAACGAAGAUGGAGAAUAUGUCAAGACAGAUUCAAGAAUAUGAAUGUCUUGUGAAGCAACUUAAGGAAGAAUUGAGAGAGGAAAAGUUGAAAGCAAAAGAAGAAGCAAAGGACCUAGCACAAGAAAUGGCCGAGCUAAGGUACCAAAUUACAGGUUUGCUUGAAGAAGAGUGCAAGCGUCGUGCUUACAUUGAACAGGCAGCUUUACAGAGAGUUUUUGAGUUAGAGGCACAGGUCCAAGAAGAAAAGAGGAAAUCAUUUGCUGCUGUCGGGCAUCUCCAUGAAGCAUAGAGAUUGUGUUAUCAAAAGGACUGAGGAUCUGUGUGUGGAAGAAGUUAUUCAGGUGUGU